AUGACACAGGACAACAAACCUGUUCCUGAUCCGUCUUUCCGUUUCACCGAUUCACAGGACUGGUUCUCGCAUAACAUCGAGAGUUGGAAAGCGCUCUUGCCCAUCGUCACUAGAAACGAUCCCCGCAUUCUCGAAAUCGGCUCUUGGGAGGGUCGUUCCGCCGUGUUCCUCGCCACCAACCUCUGCAAAGAUGGCGAGAUCGUAUGCAUUGACCAUUUCGACCUAUUCAACACAGACGCCGGGAAGGAGCGGUACGAGCGCAUGCAGCACAACCUGGGGUUGACAGGAAAGCGCUUCCGCAUCCUCCCAGAGUUCAGCUUCCCUGCGUUGAUGAAGUUGCUCGAAGAGGAGAUGGGAAGGGAGGAUCCGGGUUACGACUGGAUUUACGUGGAUGGAUCCCAUCGCGCAGACGAUACCUUGUUGGACGGGGAGUUGGCCUGGCGAUUGGCGAGGAAAGGAGCUGUCGUCAUUUUCGAUGACUACCACUGGGACGCUACACCUGAAGACUCGGCGGAGCACCCCAAACGCGGCAUCGACGCUUUUCUGAGCCUCCACAGAGGGGAGUACGAUAUGCUUUCUCGACCUGAGAACUACCAAGUCGUACUGAAGAAGACGUCCGAGAUGCGCAUCGGGUUCCUCAUCCCCCACUCCCAACCCAUCACAGCGACUCAGGUCGCAGCCUUCGGAUAUAGCAUCAACAUCGCGACUGCGACGGAUUCUUCAUAUGCGAUGCCAGCCUCGGUGUUGCUGGCUACUCUUGUCAAGCAUACCCCUGGCCGGAUUUCGAUCUACGUUGGGGAUUGUGGGAUGACCGACCAAGACCGCGACAUGAUGGAGAGGUCCCUUCCGAAGCGCGACGACGUUACGAUGGUAUUCAUUCCACUCGGGGACGAGACUUUGGCGAGGAAGUGGAGCGGGAAAUGGGCGAAGGUGGAUUUGUUGGCGAAGCUUCCAGUCGAGAGGGCGCUUUACCUGGACGCGGACAUCUUAGUUAGGCGUGACAUCAGCGAGCUCUGGCACACAGACCUGGGAGACAAAGCCAUCGGCGCCGUAAUCGACGUAGGCUAUCCGAUGGGUUGCUCGGGACUUCCUCGCCGGGAGUACUUCAACUCGGGUGUCCUGCUCUUGGACUUGGCGAAGGUCAGAUCCAAGUUGACAGCAACGUUCGACCAGCUCUGCGAGCAGUUCCAAAAGUCCGACCAGGAUGCGUUAAACGCGCAUUUUGGGGGUGACGACUGGAAGUCUCUCAGCCUCCAGUGGAACGCUCAAGGACUUGGGACCUACGCCUCGUCCUAUGCACCCGAUCGCCAUGUCGUCGACCUCGCACAAAUGGACAACCCAGCCAUCGUCCACUUUACCGGUCCUCUUCAUCCCUCCCUCGCUGAUGUCCUGAACCCAUGGGUACAGCCCUAUACAGCGAAGCCGUGGGGAUACGCAGGGAGCCCUGGUCACCCAUUUGCUCAAGAGUGGUUCGAGGCUUUAUCGGAAACCGUCUGGAUGCCCUAUUACGAGGACAAGUGGAAACAAGUUUGCCAACAGGCAAAGGAGAGCGCGAUUUCGAAGGCGACGGAGGAUUUCAAGGCUAAAGUAACCUUGAAUUAG